CAGCCGUGCGUCAGCCAGUCAAAUAUAAUCAGGCUGCGAAAUUCACGUAAAGUGGCUCAAUACACAUGGAGUACGAUAAAACAUUAUAAAAAUAAGUUUUUGCCAGUGAAUUGUUUAUCUUUCGGCUCGUGAUUACGUAGAUGAAAAAUAUUUAAAAUGUUUUCCAGUAUUCCCAGGUCAUUGAUAUGUUCCAACGCUUUACCCCCUAAUCGGGCGCUAGCGUAUGCAUUAACGAAAUGUCCCGCGCUCCUAGAGCCCUCAUCGCAAUGUCGAAACUACCACGAAGUCACCGGGAAUAUCAUUUGCCCCAACAUGGUGCGGGGUAUCGACCAUCUCAGGGACCCUCGCCUUAACAAGGGUCUCGCAUUUACAUUAGAAGAACGACAAGCGCUUGGCAUUCACGGGCUUUUGGCGGCCAAGUUCAAAUCACAAGAAGAGCAGCUCGAUAUAUGCAGAAUAUCAAUAGAUAGAUACGAGGACAAUCUCAACAAAUACCUUUACCUCGUCGAGUUACAGGACAGAAAUGAGAAGCUGUUCUUCCGCCUGUUGUCCGAGAAUGUGGAGAAGUAUUUGCCCAUUGUUUACACACCCACCGUAGGCCUGGCCUGCCAAAGAUUCGGUCUCAUCUACAGAAGGCCUAGAGGUCUCUUUAUCACUAUCAAUGAUAAAGGGCAUAUAUUUAACAUUCUCAAAAACUGGCCCGAACCAGACGUCCGUGCGAUAGUAUUCACAGACGGUGAACGUAUUCUCGGUCUGGGUGACCUGGGUGCGUACGGUAUGGGCAUACCCGUAGGAAAGCUGUCUUUGUACACCGCACUGGCGGGUAUAAAGCCACAUCAAUGUUUACCCAUCACUUUGGACGUUGGGACUGAGAAUCAGGAUUUGCUGGAAGAUCCACUUUAUAUUGGUUUGCGCCAAAAACGAGUGAGAGGCAAGGAGUAUGACGAGUUUAUCGACGAAUUUAUGGAGGCAUGUGUUCAGAGAUACGGACAGAAUACACUUUUGCAGUUCGAGGACUUCGCGCUGUUAAAUGCUGGUCGCCUCCUCGCGAAGUACCGCUACAAGUAUUGCACGUUCAACGAUGACAUCCAGGGCACAGCCAGUGUGGCAGUUGCGGGUAUGAUGGCCGCCGUCAGGGUCACUAAGAGGAAGCUCAGUGAAAACAUCUAUUUCUUCCUUGGCGCUGGAUCGGCAGCCAACGGAAUUGCAACUUUAACAGUUGCUGCAAUGGUCGCCGAAGGUCUAACAGAAAAGCAAGCUCAGGAACGAGUAUACAUGUUCGAUGUAGACGGUCUGCUAUCUACUAGGAGAGAAGGCGGUGUUCCCGCCCAUGCGAAGGCCUUCGGAAAGGAUAUCGAACCAGAGAAAGACUUUGAAACUUGCAUUGCGAAGAUUAAACCUAGUUGUCUUAUUGGUUGCUCUACUGUCGGCGGUGCAUUUACUCCCGCUGUGCUGAAGCAAAUGGCAAAGAACAUCGAGAGGCCAGUAAUAUUUGCCCUCUCUAACCCAACAAGCAAAGCCGAGUGCACCGCACAAGCCGCUUAUGAUCAUACCGAGGGUCGUUGUAUCUUCGCGUCCGGAUCUCCAUUCCCGCCAGUACAAUACGACGGCAAGGAGUACCAUCCGGGACAGGGGAACAAUUCCUACAUAUUCCCCGGAGUGGCUCUGGGAGUUAUAGCUACUGCCACCCAUCAUAUACCUGAAACUAUGUUCUUGACCGCUGCCAGGACUCUCGCUAACUUCGUAAGCCAGGAAGAUUUGAAUAUCGGCCGCAUUUAUCCACCACUAUCUGACGUGAAGGAGGCAUCGCUUGCCAUAGCUAUUGAAGUAGCUAAGAUGGCUUAUGAUGAAGGUCUUGCGUCUGUGUACCCCGAGCCAAAGGAUCUGGCUAAGCACAUCGCGAAUCAAAUGUACAGCUACCACUACGAUAGCUCCAUGCCCGUUGUGUGGGAUUGGAAGCCCGAAGAGAAGUUCAACGUUAGGCCCAUCCAACCUGUACCGAAGAACAUUUAAAGUAUUAUUUUUUCACUUUAUUUAUUUAUUUAUUAAACAGACGCCAUAGCCCCAUGCCUGCUAUUGUAAUUAUGUCUCAGUGAUCGAUAGAUGACUCAAAUUGAGGGAGAAAACAAAGAAAUAAAUAUUUAAUAUAUAAGCAACAUAUAGUUUAAAAAGCUCGUUUGCAAUCAGUAGUGCACGCUUUUCUCUUAGAUCAUUCCUUAUGAAUAAACUUACGGUAACCAAGCGAAAAGUAAACGAAAUUUGAAUAAGCAUCCACGAUACAGGCCACGAUAUUGUCUUGUUGGUGUAAAGUUGUUUAGUAUUUAUAAACGUAUAUUUGUAAGUAUUUUUUUGUCGUACGACUACUGGGACAGAACUGUAAUAACGGACUUGGGGUCCAGUUUCACAAGAGAGUAUAUUGCGGCGAUAAAUCAGUGAUGCUAUUUUAAAUGGGUAAAGGUCAAUCUUCAUAUGGCCAUAUGAUUGCAGUCUUAUGCCAUUUCUUGCUCGGGAUUUUAAUUCAAUUUCAAUAAAAAUCUAACUACAAUGAGUAAAUUUAUUUUAAACCAUCGACGCACAGAUUGCGAAUCAGAUUAAAUAUCGUUCGAAGCGCCUUCACCAAUUGGUCACCGUGACCUUGACUUAUUUUUGGCUUUCUGAUUGGCCGGGGGGCGCGGCUAGGCCGGUGGACAAAGAUAACUGACAACUUUCUUGAACGAUAAUCGACUAAAGUGCGGACAAAUUAGUUUAACUUUUCUUCUUUGUGCCAACUGACAAGUGGACAACAGGUUGCUUAAUGUUAUAUGAUAUAAACCUCAUUUUUCAAUGCUUGAUUUGAGUCGAGUUAGUGUUGAGUCGAUAAGGUAUGGGACGGCCAUAAGUUAUCGACUCAACGUAGUAAAGUUUACGAUAGGCGGAAUCGACGCGAUAACUUCCUUCUGGAAUGUCUACCGUUUAAGAAAUAGACGUAUAAUAAAUUGGCUCUUUCUUGUG